AUGUCGAGCGCUCGCUGCUUAAACUGGUCCCGACCGCCACCGGGACGGCAUCCAGCACUCCGGAAGCAGCUGUCCUGCGUCGAGCCACCGGUUUCGGUCGUACCAUCACCGGUACCGCAUCCGACCACCGGUACCGGGCGUCUCCAUUCGGUAACUAGCGGCCAACCCGGCGGGGAUACGGACUUUCGGCACUUUCUCGUCACCGGUGCGAUCAUUCACACGAACCGUUUGCAAACCUAUCACACCUACAACCAGGCGCACCGCGGGGCCAGCGCAUCCUUGCUGCGGUCGCGCCCAUCCUCGCUGGCCGGAGAUCCUGCCGCUGGUGGCCAGCAACAGCAGCAGCAGCGUCGCCGUCCAUCCAGUGCCAGUGCCGGUGGGUUGUCCGUUGGUGAGGAUCGUGCCAGUCCGGCCCGGUCCAAUCGGAGACCGAUCCUGUGCCAGCAGUUGUCGUUGGACCGGAGCAUCCUGGUGGCAUCGACGAUCGCGUCCGGCAUGGCGACGGUUGCGUCCGGUGGCACUCUGCCUUUGACGAUGGGUGGCGAGCGGGACGAGGUAGGCGACGGGUGGGCCUUCAACCGGAAGCAGCAUCGGCCGGGAACUGGACCCAGAAACGACUCCGAACCGGGCACCAGAAAAGGGCUUAAACCCGGCAAGGACUCGCGCAUCAACAUUAAAAUCUUUCUCGGCCAAACCGUUCAGCACGAUUCCUCCGACACCGGUAUCAGCGAUACGGAGGGCGCGAGUCCAGCGACAACGGCAGCGGUGGCAGCCCUUCAGCAAACUAGCCAACAACGUUCGAGUCUGCCCUUCCCGAAACCAGAACCAUCCACCAUGAGCGUGUCCACCGAUUUCACGCCCGGAAAAUCCAAACCCACCGUUGGGACCGUGAACCCAAACACAACCCCAAACGCUGGCCAAAGCAACUCAAACACACCGGCACCGGGAAAUGGGUCGAGCGGGCGUACAUCGUCGCUAGCACAGCGCCGGGCCCAAUUCCAGGCUAAUAGGCAAAAUUCGGAAGCCCACGAUCGACGCCACCCGCCACUGGUGCGGGCUAUGUCCGCACCGAUCCGUCCAGCCGAUACCGACGCUUCAAAGUUCCUGCAGGGCAAGAAAAAACCGCGCCGUAGGAAAGUGCUUAGGGAAAAGGACGAUUACAAUAUCUGCGAGGAGGAUGAGUACAGUGACGAUGAAGGUUGUAAGAUGGCCCCAACAGGGCUGGUCGGUGUGGCGGCUAACCUCACAGGCAGCACGGCCGGAAGACAGAUGCCGGCCUGUAUUAUGCCGAUGCGAUCCCGUUCCGUGCUAGGUGGACCUUGUGACAUUGAAACGCUUGUUUCCCUGCUCAGUUCCGGUGGUAGCGACUCGGAAAAGGAACAGGAAAGCGCAUCGCAAACCACCCCAGCCACGGGAUCACAGUCUCCAACGACUGCCGGGACGGCUGCUCUCAGGGCGGCACAGUUUUCCUCCGUUCAGUUUGCUAAGGGACGCGCUCCGAUGCUUAAGAAGGCGGGAAAGUCGGUGUCGUUUCAGGAGAGCGAUCUCAAGCCGGCUGCUACGGCUGGGCUGAAUCGGGACUAUCGAAAGCCAGCGUUUCAGCCGACGGUGGCUAGUCGUUUGCGUCGUACGCAGCAGCUUGUCAGCACGCUUAACGCUUUCCAGCUGAAGGAUAAAGGCCACAGUGAUGAAAAGGAUACGAACGAGGAGAAAAAUGAGCAACCAGCUCAAGAGGAUAACGAGCGCUUAGACGGUUCGUCCUUGUCGCCGGAAGUCCCGGCAAUAGUUUCAUCCUCCAGUUCCAAAGCAGAAACAAAUAAACCGGCCGGUCUAACCAGCGCUUCGACGAAUGGCGAUGUUCAAACACCAAAGGAGCAAGAGUGCUACCGGUUGUUCCUGAAGAUGUCGAAGAAAGGACUCGCCGUCUCGUACGACACCAUCCUGCGCGGAAUGCUCACCCCAACCGAGCUGCGUGUGUUGCAGAAAAAGAAAAACCACCAGCGUGCUGAGAACGCCGCAGAAGAUGGCACCGAUUGUGAUCGAUCGAUGGAAAAUGCCGGUUCCGAAAAUGGAACCCCAGUCGAGGAACUUCAGCUUAACCGGGGAUCCUCGGUGCGUGAUGGAGCGUUACAACUCACCAUACCGGAGGAACCUUCGGUGAUUCCAAAUGACGACGAACAUCAGAGCGUGCACAAGGAAAAUGUGUUUUAA